AUGGCUUAUGAUCCACGAUUAGCCGGUGCAGACACUGUGGUUCAGGAACAUGCAACACCAACCCCCACUCCCGAGGCAGUUCCAACUGCAGCCGCAGUCGCAACCACAGAUGGUAGUGCUACACACUCGACGGGGCAGGCAGCUGGAGACUCAUACAAGCUUCGUUUCUGCACCGUAUGUGCAUCAAAUCAGAACCGCUCAAUGGAGGCACACCUCCGUCUAUCUACCGCAGCAUCGCCCUUCCCAGUAAUCUCCUUUGGAACGGGCUCCCUAGUCCGCCUACCAGGCCCCUCUAUCACCCAACCUAAUGUCUAUAACUUCAACGCAACAUCAUACUCCCAAAUGUACGAUGAGCUCCUCUCCAAGGACGAGCGACUGUAUCGAAAUAACGGUAUCCUAAACAUGCUCGACCGCAAUCGCAACGUGAAAUGGGGGCCUGAGCGCUUCCAGGACUGGGUGCCCGGGUUACCGCGGGUAGACCAUGUUUCCAAGGGCGACAAAGGCGCACUUGGAACUGAAGGAGGCAUAGUAGACGUCAUCAUCACCUGCGAGGAGCGAUGCUGGGACGCCGUCGUUGACGAUCUCAUGAACAAGGUCUCCUCUCUGAACCGUCCCGUGCAUGUGUUCAAUGUGGAUAUCAAGGAUAACCACGAAGAGGCCCUUGUUGGCGGAAAGGCUAUACUGGAACUAGCCACGCGUCUGAACGAAGCUGCUGUCCAAGAACAAACAGCGCUUGGCGCAGAAGGAUGGGAAAAUGGAACCGGUGAAGCUCGGAGGAGUUUUGAUGAGAAAGUACCCGAGAUUCUUGGUUCAUGGCAGGAGAAGUGGCCGAACUUGCCAGCCUUAUGGACUUUGGCUUGGUUAUAG